AUGCCGACGGGAAGUUGUCUAUGCGGCGAGGUCCAGAUCGCGUAUGAGGGCGAACCUGCGUUUAGGGCGAUAUGUUACUGCCAUGAUGACCGUAAGAUGGCCAAUAUGCAAGUGUUCCAGGUACUCAAGAGCGGUUUCUCCGUGACCAAGGGCGAGCCGAAGGUCUUCACCAAAGUAUCGGAUCACGGAAACGAGAUCUCAAAUCAUUUUUGCGGAACUUGCGGCACGACGCUCUACCGCACUGGUGGCGCGGCAGUUAACGAUGAUAAAAUCGGCAUCCGCGCUGGUGUGCUGGAUGAUCAGAGUAUCCUGGACAGGCCUCCUGCUAUUGAGGUUUAUGUUGAGAGGAGACCGCCUUGGGUGAAGCAGGUUGAGGGGGCAAUACAGUUGAAUGGGAAAUAUGAGGUCAUUUCUCAAUAG